UUUUGGGUGCGGUCCCCAGUGCCGACCGCCCGUAGCCAUGCCCCGGAAAAUUGAGGAAAUCAAGGACUUUCUGCUCACAGCCCGGCGGAAGGAUGCCAAAUCUGUCAAGAUCAAGAAGAACAAAGAUAAUGUGAAGUUCAAGGUUCACUGCAGCAGGUACCUCUACACCCUGGUCAUCACGGACAAGGAGAAGGCGGAGAAGCUGAAGCAGUCCCUGCCCCCUGGUUAGGCAGUGAAGGAGCUGAAGUAACCCAGUCCUCUGCAUUGGCUAUUAAAAACCCUGGAAAGUCAAAAAAA